GGAUAAUAUGUCAAUGGCAGUAAAUUUAAGUUUAUUACUUUCAAUGGUAUUUUUAGUGCAAUCGUAUAACCGCACCAUUAACAAUUCGCAUAUUGAGAAGAUGUUGCAGCUAGAAACCGAUGAUCCCACAUCUGAAUUCACCUUCCUCAUUGCCGGCGGCCUAAGAAAUCCGGUAAUUAUGAAGAAAUUCUUGCCCUACAUGGUGUCAAUACGAUCACGAAAUCCACAAAAAUACUUUGGUGAUAAUCAUUUUUGUUCGGGAACCAUAUUCGGAAAGGAUUUGGUGCUGACAGCAGCCCACUGUGUUAUGGACAAGCGUCGUGUUUUGACCAAACCCCGUAGACUACUUUUGGUAGCUGGUACCCCAAAUCGCGUUGAACCUUCAAAUACUACAGUCCAGUAUCCGGCACGCUCUCUUACAGCUCAUACGAAUUUUGUGCGCAAGAAUCGAAACGAUAUAGCGGUUAUACGCCUAAAAGGUGAAGUACCGGAAAAAAGUGAUUCCAUAAAAGCCAUAAAACUGCCUAGUGGACCACCGCCUUAUGGCAGUCAAUGUAUAGUACUGGGAUGGGGUAGAUUGUGUAGGGAUGGUCCUUUGUCCGGCUUCGCUACACACCUUAGAGUUAAACUCUAUACCCCGGAGGAAUGUCAGCGAAAGUUACCCAACAAAUUCAAAGUAGGAAUGCUGUGUGCCGGCGAAGACAGGCCCUUUAAACAGGAUCCCUGCCGUGGCGACAGUGGUGGACCUCUUAUUUGCAAUGAUACCCUGACUGGAAUCAUAUCCUGGACCAUAGGUUGUGGGAGUUUCUAUGCGGCCAGCUUGUACACCGAUGUCUGGUAUAAUCGUCAAUGGAUAGAUCAGCAUAUAAGCAAAGCGUAUCAUUUAAAGCCACAUUACUUCGUGUAUGACUUACUUUUGUUGCUGUGGAUAUUGUAGUUGAUUUAAUAGAAGAUAACAAGUAAAAGCGAGCUAAGUUCGGCCGGGUCGAAUCUUGGGAACCCACCUCCAUGGAUUCUGUUAAAAAUUUAUACAAAAUAAAUUUAGUUGAAGGGCAUAAU